AUGGAUCCUUAUGCAAUUUUGAGUCCAAUGAAACACUUCUGCAUUUGUUACGGCACUAUUACGAGUCAUGACUGGAGUAAGACAGAUGACAGACUGCUGCAGGCGGUGGAACAGAAUGAUCUGGAAAAAGUAUCAACACUGCUGCUGAAGAAAGGUCUUUGUCCAUCCAAACUGGAUGCAGAGGGAAAAUCAGCGUUUCAUCUUUGUGCAUCUCGAGGUCGGUUGGACUGUCUCGAGGUCAUUCUCUCCCAUGGGGUGGACAUCAAUGUAACAGAUGGCACAGGGUUUAAUGCUCUCCAUCUGGCUGCCAAGAAUGGACACUCAGAAUGCCUAAAGAGACUUCUUCAGGAGAGGAUGCCCAUCGAUUCCACAGACAGCUUAGGAAGGACUUCUCUGCACCAUGCUGCUGUAAGUGGCUGCUUGUCUUGCACUGAAACUCUGUUGGACUUUCAGGCCAACCGUGAUGCUCAAGAUGGAGAUGGAUCAACUCCAUUGAUCUUGGGAGCCCAGAUGAGCAGAGUAGAGUUUUGCGCUUUCCUUUUAGAACGAGGGGCAAAUCCUAAUAUACAGGACAACCAGGGCAGAUCAGCUCUGAUGCUGGCCUGUGAAAGUGACAGCAUGGAGACUGUAGAAGUGUUACUGAAGGGCGGAGCCAACCCACAUCUAACCGACGCCCUGGGACACAACUCCACCCACUACAGCAUUGCUGCCGGCAACCACAAUAUAACCCAGCUUCUGCAAAACGGGGCCACAGCUGCUGAGGGUUCGAUUGAAGAGGUAAUUACUCCUCCCCUUGCCUCAGCUAGCGGAACCACACCCCGCAAGAGAAGAGCACCACCGCCUCCUAAAUCUCCUGCUCAGGGAAUGCCCGCUUCUGUAGACACAUUAAGCACACCACCCCCUCCUACCCCUACCCAAUUACCUGAGCCGCAUAGCCCAGCCCCACCCUCUCCUGCCCCCAGGACCCAGAUUGCCCCAUCUGAGAACCAUAUAGAGGAUGAGGAGGUGUUUGAAGAGGUACAUAAGCUCAGGUUGGAGAGAGGUCACCUGGUGCAGAAAAUCAAGAUUCUGGAGCAGCAGCAAAACCGUGCCACCACUGCCCUGGAGGAGCUGGACUCUCUGAGAGAGCGAUUGAGUGAAGCCGAGGCAGAGCGUGACCGACUCCUGGCUAAGCUGGAGGAUCUGAAAGCAGCACGGGUGAGCGGUGUGACCUGUGACUCGGACGACUUGGAGGACUCUGAUGACACAAUGGACUACCCAGGGGCAGAAAAGUUGCUGUCUAGGCAGUCACGAGGCCUGAACGUUGAUUCGUCUGGUGACGGGGAAGGGGCGGUCUUUCAGGGUAUUCCUGCCUCAGUGGAACAACUCUGCAGGAAAGUGGAGGAACUGACUGCACAGAAUGCCGAGCUGGUUCUUAAAGUGCAGUUGCUGGAGAUGUUCGAGAAGGACGAUACAGACAUGCAGAGUUCGGGUCCAGAAUUUGUACAAACAGCUCAAUACGAGUCUUUGAGAAGAGAGUUAGAAGAACUGCAAGAGAAAUACUCUAGAUCGCAUGCUGCUACUGAGGCCUCAAUCACUGCAGAGUUUCAUGGAUCUGAGGAGAAGCCAGAUGAGGUGUCAGUUGAGGACCAUCGAACACAGAAGGAAUUAGAGGAACAGCUGCUACAAGCCCAGGCUGAGCUAGAGGAACUCAGAGAACAGAUGAGACUUGGUGUCUUCUCAGUGGAGGACGCAGGAGCAAAGCCUGACGUGGACUCUGAGGUCCCAGAGGAAGGGGCAAACUCAGAGACCCAACAGCUGAGAGUGAGGGUGCAGGAGUUGGAGGCAGAGUUAGCCAGCAAACAGACAAAAGGGGAGGGGCUUAAUGUAGGCGACAACGACACAAUCCAACAGCUGAAGCAGAGGGUGGAAGAACUUGAGGCAACUCUGCAGGACAAGGAGAAAGGGCAAAAGGGAGACAAAAAUGAGACAGUUUUGAGCCUUAAUAAGCAGGUUAAAAUGUUGGAAGAAGCCCUGGAACAAAGCAAAGUGACGGGCAGGGAUAGCAAGGGAGUGCCUGUAACAGAGUUGAGGGCACGGAUGGAGGAACUUGAGCAGAAGUUGAAGGAUAGCGUCCCUCGAGGUCAGUUCGAGGAGGUCCAGGUCACCCUUGGUCUUCAGCUGAACCAGCUCGCUCGCGAACGGGCCGAAGUGGCCACGAGACUCAACCAGGCCUUGCUGGAGCUAGAGAGACGCUCCCCCUACCACAUCGAAGGAGAUGAAGAUAAUGAGGAUGACGAGGAUCCGUCCGAGAGCUCUGAGGUUUCCACUGCAUCCGAUCACUCUCGCCACCUGUCACCGGUUGGACGGUCUUUGGCUGCAAUAAAGGAGGAGUUAGAGGUGGCGAGGCAAGAGGCAGCACAAGCUCUUGACAGCCUGUGCACAGAGCGAGAGAGCCGGGCUCAGGAUGUACUACAGUUGAAAGAUGCAAUACCACUGUCAAAACACCAGGAGGCACUCUCUGCUGUAGCCCAACAGCUAGCUCAAACAGAGAAAGAGCUGCAAGAUGAGAGGGCCCUGCGAGAACAUGCACAAACUGAGCAGGCCAGACUAGAGUCUGAACUGAAGGUGGUGCAAAAGGACUCGAUAAGGAAAGAUGAGCAUGAAAGAGUCAAGGCAGAACUGGAGCGUUCGCUAGAGGAAAGUCAGCAGAAUGCAACAGCAGCGCAGGAGUCUCUGAGCGAGAAAGAGACAGAGCUGAAAGAGCUGCAAUCUCAGAAGGCUUUAGAACAAGGACUGGUGUCCAAAGAAGACCACGAGGCCCAGAGACUCUCUCUACAAGCUGAGAUCAACACGCUGAUGACCCAGCUAGCUGAUCUAGCACGCAAGCAUGAAAAGACCUGUACAGAGGUAUUUCAGGUGCAGCGCGACGCUCUAUUUAAUAAGAGCGAGCGUCACGUGGCUGAAGCUCAGCUGGAGACAGUUAAAAAGCAGCUAGCUGAACUGCAGGCCGAAUCCACCCACAUCCUACAGCUGCACCAGGACAUCCAGCACUCGCAGGGGCUCGUCAAGGAGAAAGACCACAAGAUCACAGAGUUGUCUAAGGAGGUGUUUCAUCUGAAGGAGGCUCUGGGGGCUUUGAAACCCUCACUAAGUAGUUCCGCAUCCACACCGUCCUCAGGAAUACCUGGACAACAGCUGGCACUGCAGAACCAUGUGACUGCACUAACACAGCAACUCCAGGACAGCGAGCGAAAACAUAAAGCUGUUGUGUCUAUAUAUCGUUCUCAUUUAUUAGCUGCUGUACAGGGUCGAAUGGAUGAAGAAGUGCAGGCUCUGCUGCUCCAAAUUCUACGUAUGACACAGAAAGAUAAAAAUCCAUAAAAAUAUAAAAUACAAGAAUUUAAAACCUCUUUAAGUGAAAUAGCAAUACACAGAGUUCAAGCUGCUUCAUACAGUAUGUGACACACUAAUGGAACUCCUGAGCUAAAAAAGUAUCAGCACUGUGCACAGCCACGAUGGGGCGUAGAAGACGAAAUGUCAUCUUAUCAUCAAAUGACAAAACUGUGAAUGAGAACUGCCAUUCUGGCAGAUAUAGUUUUGGAAAAUGACAGAGAUUAAUAUAUUUCCUGUAUCCGCAAUUAUUUAUGUUUGAUCUAGAUGGUGAACACCAAUCAUUCUGUGAAGAGUAACCUUUUCUUUUGUAAUCAAAUGUCAUCACGCGCUGUGGUUAUGAUACUUUAACAUCUCACAGUAUGUCAAAUGUUACUUUGUGGUUAAAAGAACGUUAUGAAAAAUUUCCAUGGAGUUAAAAUUAUAAAAAGCGUGCCACUGGCAAUCUGUUCCUCCACCAUGUGUUCUCACCACAAACAGCUGAGCAUGUCUCCUAAAGGUAUGGUUCAUUACAAUUUUUAGAUUUUGUCUUUUACCCUCACCCUCAAACUUUCAAUGCUUCACUUUCCUUUUCAACCACCACUCUGGCUAUAAAUAAUGAUUAUAUAUGAAUGAGAAACAAGUUACUCAGAGGUUCUUAGAGGACAAAAAUGUAUGCAUAAAAAACUACCAUCAUAAUAUUAUAUAUUAAUAUUAUUUUCCAGUUUCAAUGAGUUCAUUUUUUAACCAAUAUCAGUCCUGAUCAUAAC